AUGAAGACCGUCUCCACACUACUAUUGCUUUUCGCUGCUACUGCUUCCAUAGCAAUGGAUAUGGACUCAGACAGCGAAAGAGGACAUGAAGAGGUACACGGUGGUGCCAUUGUUUCAUUGACAAAUAGCAACAAGCCAGUCACGACUGCCCCUACCACCGAAUCGAGUGGCACUACAGCUUCACUAGAACCAACGCCUCAUGUUAUGAAGCAUCAGCAGGGUUUGCCAAUCUUGCAAACUCAUUUAUUACCAGAAGAACGCGCCUUUUGGGAAAAUUACAACACAACCACUUAUUUCAACAUACCUUCGAAACAUCGUCCUGCCUUGUAUAUCCAUAUUGUGUUGGGGCUAUUCUCCAUUUUUGUAACGUAUCCAAUUGCUUUAAUUUUCAACAAUUUGGGUUUAACAAAGACAUACCUCACCACCUUGUUUAUACAUUCUGUAACUAUGGUCUUGUCGAUGCUCAACUACACCAUUUUCAUCAACUCGGUUCCAGAUAUUUACCCUGGUAAUGCUUACAAUUCAAUGAUUGGUAUCUUAUUUGUUACAACAAUUUUACAGUUUGUUUUUGCCUUGAUUACUAGCAUUACUCCAAAGUUUGCCUCAAGUGGAUCCUCAUCUUCUUCAGCUUCUGCCUGCGCUAGUGGAUUAUCCAACACCGCAACCACGACAACCGCUACAACCACAGCAGCAGCAGCAAAUGGAGGCUCAUACUUUACUCUCCAUUCUCCACCAAUUGGCUGCUCUGACUCGGAAGAAGAUGCUGAUGAACAACUGCUGAUUGAAUCAGCUCCAUUAAACUAUGAAAAAGUAUUUACUCCACAAACAAGAUUGCAAAAGUUCAAGACUUUGGUUGCAGAGAGCAAGUUCCAUUACAUCUUCAACAUUGUGUUUAACUUGUUACACUGGGGCCAUUUCUUUUACUACUUGGUCUUAGUUCCCACUGGAGUUGCCACAUUCUGUCUUUACGGCCAAGGCAAGACAGUUUUCAACUUGUUAGCUCAUUUCAUCAAAGGAGGGGUGUUUUUCAGUUAUGGAAUUCUCACAUUGGCAAGGUACUGUGGUGCAUUCACCACCAAAGGAUGGGCUUGGAAUCAUAAAUUUGUAACUUCGAGAAUGGGCAAUACUCAUAAUUUCUGGACAAGAUUCCAAAACAAGGGUCUUUGGACAAUGGAGAUGAUUGAGAGUUCUUUGAUUUUGUUUUACGGAUCUACCAAUAUCUUUUUGGAACAUUUAUCCAAUGCUGGUCAAGAAUGGUCAGCAAAAGAUUUGCAACAUGUGUCAAUUGCGUUUAUUUUCAUUGGAUGUGGAUUGUGUGGGGUUAUUACCGAGAUGAAGUUGCAAGAGUGGCGAUUUGAACAGGCAUUAGCCGAUUUUAGAAAGUUAUCCUCCAAUGGACAUUCAGAAAGUGAGCAAGAGACUGCUGCGGCGAUGAUUGAUGCUCAAGAUGUCGUUAAAGCUAGUCCUGGUUACAGUCCAAAUCCAUUCCCCAUCAUCACCAUCUAUUGGACAGGUGUUUUAAUGUCACAGCACAAACAAGCCUCACAAUUAUCGACUGACAUCCAUGUUCAAUGGGGUAAUAUGUUUGUCAUUGGUUGUGCAUUCCGAUUCUUCACCUAUAUUCUUUUCUUGUUGCAUGCCAGCAAACCAAAGGAUUUGACCAAGCCCAGUCGGCCAAUUACCGAAUUGGUUGUUGCUUUUGGUUUGUUAUGUGGUGGUUUAAUCUUUAUGGAGUCUACUGAUCCUGUUGUUUUAUCAUUUGAAUACUAUGGAUUCACGGGAAUGUUUACUUUGAAUUUAUCCUUGGGGUUCACUACUUUGUUUAUGAGUUGGGUGAUGGUGCUUUUUGCAGUCAAGGAUUGGCUCAAGAGUAAAGUAGCACCAAAAGAAGUGGUGUAG